GGGGAGAAAAUGGAAUAAGUGGGGCUUGGGGACUGGCCUUAGGCCUGCACUAUUAAUCCGGUCCCUCCUAACCACCACCCUUCCACGGAGGCCUUGCUGGAGCCCGCGUGCAAUAAUUAACUCCUGGGUGGCCUUCGCCCUAUCCUAAGCGCCUCUCCUGGGCCACAUUCUCACUGCCCCGUCUCCUAGGCCACUAAGCCCCUUCUGUCCCCUAGAGUGAGGCAAGGGGACUGCAGAGCAGAGCAGAAGCCCGAGCCAGACCGAGGGCCACCUCUUCUCCCAGGUAUUUAUUUCUUCAGGGACAAGCAUGGCCUGGAAGACAACGUGGCUACUGUUCCUUUGGGUAGGGGUGGCUGCCGUAUGGACAGCCCGGCCCAGGACCGAGCUUCUCAAUGUCUGCAUGAAUGCCAAGCACCAUAAGGAAAAGCCAGGUCCCGAGGACAAGCUACAUGAGCAGUGCAGUCCCUGGAAGAAGAACGCCUGCUGCUCCCUUAACACCAGCCAAGAAGCCCAUAAGGAUAUUUCCUACCUGUACAGAUUCAACUGGGAUCACUGUGGCAAGAUGGAGCCCGCCUGCAAGCACCACUUUAUUCAGGACACCUGCCUCUAUGAGUGCUCACCUAACCUGGGGCCCUGGAUCCAGGAGGUGAACCAGAGCUGGCGCAAAGAGCGGGUCCUGAACGUGCCCCUCUGCAAAGAGGACUGUCAGAUCUGGUGGGAAGACUGCCGCACCUCCUACACCUGCAAGACCAACUGGCACAAGGGCUGGAACUGGACCUCAGGGUAUAACCAGUGCCCAGUGAGAGCUGCCUGCCACCGCUUUGACUUCUACUUCCCCACGCCUGCUGCUCUGUGCAAUGAAAUCUGGAGUCACUCCUACAAAGUCAGCAACUAUGGCCGGGGCAGCGGCCGCUGCAUCCAGAUGUGGUUCGACCCGGCCCAGGGCAACCCCAACGAGGAGGUGGCGAGGUUCUAUGCUGAGACCAUGAGUGGGGCUGGGCUCCAUGAGGCCUGGCCUCUGCAUUUUGGCCUGGUCCUAAUGUUGCUCUGGCUGCUCAACUGAGCUCCUUUUAUUUUCUGAUACCUGGACGUCCCUGCCGUGUUAAGACCCACAGCUUCCAAUUACUCAGUUUCUGUUCCUUGGUGGGAACUCUGACUGUUUGAAUAAAA